AUGAAGGAAGAGAAACUUAACACAUCAGUAUCAGCUGAAAAUAUUGUUGAUGGGAAUAGAACUUAUAUUCUUGGUAUGGUAUGGACUAUGAUUCUUAAAUAUAAAAUUAAUGCCAACCAACAAAAGAAUGUUAAUGCAAAAGAAGAAGUAGUAGAAAAUAAUGCACUUUUGGAUUGGGUCAAUUCUUUUGGUCUGAAUGUAUCUAAUUUCUCAAGUGACUGGAAAGAUGGGGUUGCUCUUGUUAAAUUAACAGAAGCAGUUUCUGCUGGUCAAAUUAAGUUUGAACAAUUUAGUGGAUUAGACAAUACUCAGAUGGUUAUUGACUGCCAAAAACUUGCAUACGAACAAUUCAAAAUUCCAAUUUUGAUGGAUGUAAAAGAUUUGGUAUGUGAACGUCCAGAUCCUAAGUCUAUUAUGACGUAUGUUUCAGUUUAUAAAGAAAGGUAUGAACAGUUACUUGUUGAAAAAGAACAAAAAGAAGAGCAAGAGAGAAUAGCUAGAGAAGAGCAAGAGAGAAAACAAAAAGAAGAGCAAGAAAGGUUGGCUAGAGAAGAACAAGAAAGGUUGGCUAGAGAAGAACAAGAAAGGUUGGCUAGAGAAGAACAAGAAAGGUUGGCUAGAGAAGAGCAAGAGAGAAAACAAAAAGAAGAGCAAGAAAGGUUGGCUAGAGAAGAACAAGAAAGAAAACAAAGAGAAGAGCAAGAAAGAUUAAACCAACAACAACCAACUAGUCAACAAUUAACAUUUUUCUCAGUUCAAGCAGCAGCAGAUGCCUGGAUCUUACAAAAUAUACAAGCUGCCUAUGCACAAGACCCAACGAUUCAAUUCCAAUGGUGGUAUCCAUUAGUUCAAAACCUUAGUGCAAAUGACUUUAGAGAACUUCAAGAUUGGUUUAAAAAAAUAGAUAAAGAUAAAUCUGGAACGUUAGAAUUAGAUGAAUUAUUAAAGGCUAAAUGGCCUAAAGAUAUGAAAAUGAAUAAUGAGACUAUCAAAAGAUUAAUGUUAAUAUUUGAUGCUGACAAUAAUGGAUCGAUUGGAUUUUAUGAAUUUAUUGCUCUUUACAAUUGGGUAAAAUUAUGUGUUGCAACAUUUAAACAUUUUGAUGUUGAUCAAAGUGGUUCAUUAGAUAUUACAGAACUUCAAGUAGCACUUCCUCAAUUAGGAUUCAAUUUAAAUAAACAAAGUUGUGAUGCAUUAAUUAGAGCAAACAAAAAUUUAAUAGGGAAAAAGAAAUUAAACCAAGUUCAAUUUAUUUGUGCUACUUCUUAUCUUGCACAAUGUCGAACAAUUUACCAAUUAACUUUUGACACUCAUAGGGAUCAAUUAGAUCCAGUAGAAUUUGAUAAGUUUAUCAACUUAGUUCUUGGACUUAUUUGA